UAAUCAUCGACACUCUAUACGAGAUCUUUAAUGCCUGCGUAAGAACUGGCUACAAUCCCACUCACUUCCAGCGCUUAAUUACUGUCGUACUACGUAAAGGCGGCAACAGGGACUAUCGUAUACCCAAGGCGUACAGACCUGUGGCCUUGCUUAACACACUCAGCAAGUUUCUCGAAGCAAUUAUUGCACACCGCAUCAGCUACGCCAUGGAAAGUGAAGGAUUGCUUCCUUCAAGCCACCUAGGUGGCCGUAAAGGAAUAUCCACGGAUCAUGCCAUACAGAUCAUCCUCGAUCGAAUCC